AGGUAAAAAGACUCCCAAGACUUGAAAUUGCCGAACCAGGGGAUUCGCAUGGGUUGCGUAAGCAUUGCCUGCUUUCACCUUUCAAGUGACCCAUUAGAAAAAAAAAAAUGUCUCUUUUUCAGAAAAUCUUUGUCACCUGCAUGGUUGUAAAGUAUGUAGGUGCCUCGCAAAGAUUACACGAGGAUUCGUCUGUUCCAUCUCUUUUUCUGUCACUAAGAUAAUAAUCUGCCACCCCCCAGCAUCCGCAAAUCUCUCUCUCUCCCUGUGCCCCCGCGGUUCACCUUCUUACUUUUGUUAGUUACCCACGGUACUCAAGGUUUUGAAGGCAUCUUUCCACCGCACGGUCUGAGGUUUUAUUGGAAACCAGCUCAAGGGAUCAGCAUUCAUAUGAAAUUAGAAAUCUCUGGUGCAUUCUGGAGUUGAUGGAGCUCCAAAUUGAUCGACCACCGUCUCUUCCCUUUUGUUAGUUACUAACAUAUGCCUGGGAACAAGUACAACGGCAACAACGGCAUCUCAGCCAUCCCUUCUAGUAGAGUAGAAAGGCUUUUGAGACACAGGGAGCUAAGAAGGUUUGGCAGGAUUUCCCAUUCAAAUGAAACUACUGACAGUAACAGGGGUACAGUGCUCUCAGAACAUGAAUUGAACUUAAGAGAAGGUGAUAACUCAAGGGCUUCCUAUGUGGAACAAUAUUUGGAAGAGGCCUGGGCUGCACAAGCACUUGGUGAGGGAUGGGAAAGGCCAGACGGGAGACCCUUCAGGCAAAGACUGCUAGUGGUUGCCAAUAGGCUGCCGGUCUCUGCAGUUAGGAGAGGCGAGGAGUCUUGGUCCCUGGAGAUAAGUGCUGGAGGUCUAGUCACUGCUCUUCUGGGUGUAAAGGAGUUUGAGGCAAGAUGGAUAGGGUGGGCUGGUGUUAAUGUGCCAGAUGAGCCUGGACAGAGAGCGCUUACCAAAGCUUUGGCUGAAAAGAGAUGUAUCCCUGUAUUCCUUGAUGAAGAAACUGUUCAUCAGUAUUACAAUGGCUAUUGCAACAACAUACUAUGGCCACUUUUUCACUAUCUCGGGCUUCCGCAAGAAGAUCGUCUUGCCACUACCCGAAGUUUCCAGUCCCAGUUUGAUGCAUAUAAGAAAGCAAAUCAAAUGUUUGCUGAAGUCGUAAACGACCAUUAUGAGGAGGGAGAUGUUGUUUGGUGCCAUGACUACCACCUCAUGUUCCUUCCAAAAUGCCUAAAGGAAUACAACAGGAAAAUGAAAGUUGGUUGGUUUCUCCACACACCUUUUCCUUCUUCAGAAAUCCACAGAACGCUGCCGUCUCGAUCUGACCUGCUGCGUGCUGUUCUGGCUGCUGAUCUGGUUGGCUUUCACACUUAUGACUAUGCAAGGCAUUUUGUCAGCGCUUGCACCCGUAUUCUUGGGCUUGAAGGUACACCAGAAGGAGUAGAGGAUCAAGGAAGGUUGACCCGGGUUGCUGCAUUUCCUAUUGGAAUAGAUUCUGAACGAUUUAUCCGUGCACUUGAAGUUCCUCAAGUCCAGGAACACAUUAGAGAACUGAAAGAAAGGUUUGCUGGGAGAAAGGUAAUGCUAGGUGUUGAUCGCCUUGAUAUGAUUAAAGGAAUUCCCCAAAAGAUAUUGGCAUUUGAAAAGUUCCUUGAGGAGAACCCAAGUUGGCGUGAUAAAGUGGUUUUACUGCAAAUUGCUGUUCCAACACGAACAGAUGUUCCUGAAUAUCAAAAGCUUACAAGCCAGGUUCAUGAAAUUGUUGGUCGCAUUAAUGGCAGAUUUGGGACUUUGACUGCUGUUCCAAUCCAUCAUCUGGACCGUUCUCUUGACUUUCAUGCGUUAUGUGCACUCUAUGCUGUUACUGAUGUAGCUCUUGUCACGUCUUUGCGGGAUGGAAUGAAUCUCGUCAGCUAUGAGUUUGUGGCCUGCCAAGAGUCAAAAAAAGGGGUUCUCAUUCUUAGUGAAUUUGCUGGUGCUGCACAGUCUCUUGGUGCUGGAGCAAUUCUUGUAAAUCCUUGGAACAUAACUGAAGUUGCUACUUCAAUUGGACAAGCUUUGAAUAUGUCAGCUGAAGAAAGGGAGAAGCGGCAUAGGCAUAACUUCGUGCAUGUGACAACGCAUACUGCUCAAGAAUGGGCUGAAACUUUUGUAAGUGAACUGAAUGAUACUGUUGUUGAAGCUCAAAUAAGGAUAAGACGGGCUCCACCUCCACUUCCAGUGAAAGAAGCAAUUGAACGUUACUUGCAAUCUAACAAUAGAUUGCUUAUACUGGGAUUUAAUGCAACUUUAACUGAAGCCGUGGAUAAUCCUGGAAGAAGAGGAGGAGAUCAAAUUAAAGAAAUGGAACUUAAAUUGCAUCCCGACCUAAAAGAACCUCUAAAAGCACUCUGUGAUGAUCUGAAGACAACUAUUGUUGUCCUCAGUGGAAGUGGCAGACGUGUCUUAGACUAUAAUUUCAGUGAGUACAACAUGUGGCUGGCAGCAGAGAACGGGAUGUUUCUUCGCUUUACAAAGGGAGACUGGAUGACAACAAUGCCGGAGCAUUUAAAUAUGGAAUGGGUUGACAGUAUUAAGCAUGUCUUUGAGUAUUUUACGGAUAGAACACCUCGAUCACAUUUUGAAACCCGUGAAACUUCACUUGUAUGGAAUUACAAGUAUGCAGAUGUUGAAUUUGGAAGACUACAAGCCAGGGAUAUGCUGCAACAUUUGUGGACCGGCCCAAUUUCUAAUGCAUCCGUUGAUGUUGUCCAAGGCAGCCGUUCCGUUGAGGUCCGAGCAGUUGGUGUUACAAAGGGAGCAGCACUUGAUCGAAUACUGGGAGAGAUAGUUCACAGCAAAUCCAUUUCAACACCAAUUGAUUACGUCUUAUGCAUUGGGCAUUUUCUAGGGAAGGACGAAGACGUGUACACAUUUUUUGAGCCCGACCUCCCCUCCAAGCUAACCGACCCUCCAAAGCUUCCUGUCGAGAGAAGGCAAUCGCUGAAGCUUCCGUCUAGCAGAAGCAGCUCCAAAUCGUCUCACAGUAAAAUUCAACGCCCCCUUCCAAAUCCCGACAAGAAAAGUUACAACCAAACCCGCGCAAGGCGGCCAUCACCAGAAAAGACUUCAUUGAACGUGCUCGAUCUCAAGGGCGAGAAUUAUUUCUCUUGUGCUGUUAGCCGGACGCGUACCAAUGCUCGGUAUGUCCUUGGAUCAUCGGAUGAAGUUGUGGCCUUUAUGAAGGAAUUGGCUGGGGCAUCUGUCUCGAGCUCGUCAUCCCCAGGUUGACAUGUUUCGUGCUCUUGUACACGCAUCUAGCUUUUGGAUUUCAUGAGCUGAUGCUUUUGAUCAUUGUUGUGUAAAGCUUAGAAAGGGUGUUACUAAGUUCAAAUAUGCAUAUGGGCUAACGAUUUUAAAUGCCGAGGUUCUCUCUUGAAAGUCGACAUGGUUAAGCCUCUCCAAGGUAACCACCUAAAAUGUUACUGCAUUUAUUAAUAUUAUGGCUAAUCAUCGCAUCUCAUAUA